AUGUCUGCCCCUGGAGCUGGUCACGAAUUCCCCGCUAAAGCUGUCUCCUGGCAGAAGCGCGAUGUCCUGCUAUUCGCCAACAGCAUUGGAAUUAAGGCCGAUGAGCUGCAUUUCCUUUAUGAACUUCACCCUAAUUUCUCAGUCUUCCCAACUUACCCUCUGAUCCUGCCCUUCAAGCUCACUGACCAGGAGGUGACCAAUUUCUAUGAGCGCCAGCAGGCUGUCCACAUUCCGGGCGUGCCUGACCUUGACCAUCGCCACGGUGUCGAUGGCCAACGGAAGCUCACAGUGUUGAAGCCGCUUCCUCCUACUAGCGAAGGUCGCAAGUUCGAGCUGCGUAACAAGGUUAUUGGUGUCUAUGACAAGGGCAAGCCCGGUACUGUCAUUGAGACCGAGCAGUCUAUCGUAGACGCCGAGUCUGGUGAAGUUUAUAACAAGGUAGUGACCAGCGGAUUCCUGGUCGGACAGGGUGGCUGGGGUGGUCCCAAGGGACCAAGCACUGUCAACUUCGCCCCACCCCAGGGCAAGACUCCCGAUGCUACUCACGUUAUCCAGUCUAACAUGGAGACCGCCCACCUGUACCGUUUGAACGGUGACUACAACCCUCUUCACGCCACCCCAGAGCCUGGCCAGAAGAUGGGCUUCGGUGGCAUCAUCAUCCACGGCCUGUUCAGCUGGAACUCUGCUGCCCAUGGUAUCCUGCGUGAGCUCGGUGGCAGCAAUCCUUCCAACCUAAAGGAGUUCCAGGCUCGCUUUGCUUCGCCGGUUCGACCUGGCGACAAGCUUACCACUGAAAUCUGGCGCAUGGGAAAUGUCGAGGAUGGAUUUGAGGAGAUUCGUUUCGUGACCAAGAACGACAAGGGCAAGGUUGUCUUGAGCAACGGCCGAUGCUUGUUGAAGGUGGUCGGCGCGAAGAGCAAGUUGUGA